CCGUAUUAUUUAAAGAUAACUUUUGUAAAGAAAAAAAAUAUCCUGUUAUAUAAUUUGGAUUCAAUCGUGAGAUGUUACGCCACGGAUGUGACCCAUCGAAGAAAAAUGCACCGAGAAACGCAACAGAUCGCGUUAAAAGUUUGAGGUUAGGAACAACACCGGUGUCUCGUUCGUCGAGAGCGGGAGCAACGAGGUUAGGUUGGGUCUCGCUUUCGAAGCCUCACGUGCGGAAGAAGCGGAUGUUUCGUAAAUGUAAUUCGCGCCUGUGCUUGAAAAAUGAGCGGCGUGAAAAGAGGAACGACGAUCUUCACGGGCAGACCAUUCGUCUUCGUUCUUGGCUCGAAGCACAGGACUACUCGAUGUGACAAUUGUCUGAGGAGCGGGAAAUUGUCCAAGUGCUCGGGUUGCCAGUACGUCUAUUACUGCGACCGCAAUUGCCAGAGGGAAUCGUGGCGGAUACACAAGGCGGAGUGCGCGCAUCUCGACAAGGUAUCGCCGAGAGUGUUGCCGGACGCAGCCCGGCUCAUGGCGCGUAUAAUUCUCAAGCUCAAUCGAGGUGGGGCCGACGAGGCGGGCUAUUACACUGAGAAGAGCUUCAGGAAGUUCAAGGAUCUAAUGUCCCAUUAUUCGGACAUAAAAGCGGACGCGAAGCGACAGGUACAUUUCACCACGUUGUACGGAGUCCUGCUUCAAUUUCUCGGCGAGGCAAACAUGCCCAACGUCGCCGAGCUGAUGGGCAUUUACGGCAGGAUGUGCACCAACAGCUUCAACAUACUAGACGUCAAUAUGAACACCAUUGGAGUUGGCAUUUACCUGGGAGCGUCUGUGAUGGAUCACAGUUGCAGGCCCAACGCAGUCGCCGUUUUCGAGGGGACCACCAUCGUCGUCAGGACAGUGACGGAUCUGCCCUCUUUGGACUGGUCGCAGAUAAGAAUCUCGUACGUGGAUCUGCUCAAUUCUAACAAGGACAGGCGCGAGGAACUGCACAGCUCGUACUACUUCUGGUGCGAUUGCGAGAGAUGUAAAAGCGAGGAACCAAUGGCCGAGGCGGCCGCGUGCCCGAGCUCGUCGUGCGACUCGCCGUGUUCGGUUGAAGCCGACGAAUGCGGGAAAUGCGGCGCGAGAAUAUCGGAAGAGUUUAAGCAGACAUUUCGGGAAGUCGUCGAUUUUACCGCUCAUCACUUGGAAAAGAUGAAAACUAUGGCCUAUCUUGACGUUAGUAAGAUAUGCUUGAAGAAGCAGAAGGGUGUAAUGCACAAGUUUAAUAUACAACACGUCCGUACUCUGGAAAUGGCUCAUAUCGCGGCUAUGAAUCUGGAGUGUUGGGAAGAUGCGGAGUUUUAUGGAAACGAACUCGUACCAGGAUAUUUAAUGUACUACGGGGAGAUACACCCUCUGACGGGAUUGCUGUAUCUCACGACAGGAAAGAUACAAUUGCACCUGGGAAAACCGAAAGAAGGGCUCAGGGCGUUGAAUAAAGCGAGCGCGGUGCUGACGAUAACGCACGGUAAUAAGCACUCCCUGGUGCAAGAGGAAUUGAGACCUUUGCUCUAUCAAGCUGCGAUGGAGUCGAGCGGUGAUACUCACGGCGUGUAGCGAUCUGAUAUUUUUGUAAUUUUUAGCAAUAAAUUAUUUUCUAGAUACAAUUAAAGCUCGACAUACAUA